AAUAAUAGCAGAAGAAGAAGGACACCCCAAACAAACUCUCCACAUGUGGAUGAGCUACAGCUAAUAACUAAACCUGACUGACUAAGCCGUGUUUCUGUCGGGGGAAAUGGACGACGAACACACGGCCGAGUUUACUGAGCCCUGUGCUCAGUGUUCAGCAGUCAAUUGGGGAAUUUCAGACGAGGGUCGUUUCUACUGCAAGUCCUGUCACAAUGUCAUUGAGAGAACCAGAGAGGUCGUUGAUCCAACCCUCACUCCUGGCUCAUCCAGGAUCUCCACCAUCGGCAGAGGAAGCAGAACCAAGAGAGGCGAGCGAGGGCGUCUGUGGAUGAUCUGUGAAGGUUUCCAGUUCAUCCUGAUGAAACAAGCCGACGCUCUGCUGCGACUGGGAGUCCCAGCAGAAUUCAAGGAUGGCUUGCUCUGUGAGCUGUGGAGACUCUACCUUCAGAAGACCGAGCAGGCAUACACGCACACACCAGUGAGGAGCGCCCAGUUCCAAAUGAGACGCCCAGGUUCGGACUCAGAAAGUGCCACCGAGUCUGUCAUGGUGUCGGCCAGCGAGACCGACGGAGAGACGACUCUGCCAAGCACCGCCGGAUCCAACGCAGAGAGCUGUAGUGAAUGGACGAUGGCUUCGGGCUCAGUGGACGCCGCCUCCUACCGACGGGGCCCCGGUCUGAUGAGCAUGAGGAAGACUCUGGCUCUGAUCCACAUCGCACUCACCUGGAGCUGCGAGCCGCUGACGCUCAGUGACCUGCUAAGGUUGGUGAAUGAAGGUCAUAUCCCGUACGUCAACGCUCAUGAGGUCCUUCCUGAAGAGAUGAAGGUUGAAGGAAAAGACGCAAUGUUCUUCAGAGUCGUGAAAAUCCCAUCUUACCAGAAGUUGCACAAGGAGGCUCAGGCUCUCAUUUUGUUCCUCAAACUUCCUGCUUUUCCUCCAGUCAGCCGUCAAAAUUUGCUGCACCCGGCCCUGCUCAGCCUGCGCUACCUGACCGACGCUAAUCUGCCUGAUGAGCUCCACCCGUGGCUCUGCAGGCUCAUGGAGCACGGCCGCUUGGCGGAUGAAAAACUCCACACGUUCCACCCUGUGUCUCGUCGCGUCUUGCCCAAGUACGACCUGCAGGCUGCCGCCCUCGUCAUCAUCACCAUGAAGCUUUUCUUCGGCCUGGAUGACCACGCCGAGUGGGAUUUAUCGAAUGAUGUGGGCGAUAAGGACAAAUCUGGAAACGUGUUCAGCAUGAGGCGGUGGUUCCGACUGCUACAGCCCGCUCUGAUCCGAGCUCGGGAAACCAGGGACCAAAACAUCGCCAGGAAACAGUGGAAGUCAAAGAGACCUUUUUACUGUGACAAGAGCAUAAAAUACAUCGUGCUAAAAAAGAAAAGGGUUGCUGACCAGUACCAGAUUUGUUUUGAGAAGCUCUCAUCCCGUUCGGUGGUUGCAGAGCCGGCAGUCGGUCCAUCCAGCUUCACGUUCUGUUGGGGAGACGAGGACGGCGCCGACGGUCCCAGCAUGCACCACAUGAAGCUGGGCGGAGCUGUGACCCUGAAGGAUGGCGUGCCGACCUUCUCAAACCAGUCAUACUGGCAUCCUGCGCUCCGACCGUGCAACUGGAAGUGUUUGAGUCAUUACUCAGAUGUGGAGCCAACGCUGCCACGGAUGUUCGUCUGGGUGCUGCAGCUCUUCAGCUUCAUGAUGGACGUGAAGCCGGAGCUCCUUUACGAGGAGGUGCUGAGUGUCGAGAGGCGAGUCCUGACCACUAAAAUGCCGUGGACAAAGAUGAAGUUAAAACCAGAGAAUCAGUCCAGAAGAAAGAGGAAGAGAAACACAGAAAAACCUAAGACGACAUCGAGGAUCAGGACAAGGGCAAGGGCGAGAGCCGAGGAAGAAACCGAGACAAGAGCAAGGAACGAGGUCGAGAGUUCAGACCAGGAACAAGAAAUAAGAUGACAAACUUUCAGCUGAUUAUUUUUCAGCAGCUCAGAGCUAAAGUUUAACAUUAUGUUUUUAUUGAUGCGCUGAAGGACGCUUGGACAUCAUGGUUCUAAGAUCUCUGGGUAAAAAGGAAGCCGCUGAGGUGAAAAAAAUCAACAAAUUCCUCCUCAAAGUUUGUUAUGCUUCUUUACUCUUUGAUUCUUCUGAAAAUAAAAAUACAUUUUAGGGAGCAGAAAAGUCA